AUGAAGGGUUCGAACGGUGGUUUUGUAACCUGGGUACGGUCGGGUAAACUUGGAGCGUCGGCUGCGGGAUUGGGUUCGAAGUUGAACAUUGGGAGCACAAGCAGUGUCAGUCUUCUCAAUGGCAGAUUGUGGAUCCACAACCGUGGCGAGCUCGUAUCUACGGUCACUUCCACAGCCGUGGUAUCCAACUCAUCUAUCUUUACUAAAGAUGGAGUUCUGUCCCCCCCACCCCCGAAAAGGAAUAACAACUGUUUUCAAUCUCUUUGGCAACACAUUCCCAGGGUCAAGGCAAAGCUAAGCAUUGGAGGGAAGAAUUGGACUUCAGAAAUAUUGAGAUCGAUUGGUUGCGUAGACAUACAGAAAGUGACAUAG